CAGCUCGCUGGCAGCGCUCGUCGCGAAUCGAGAGACCAGUCCGCAAAAUGUUUCGCAAAUGCAUCGCCAGCCUGGCUCUGGCCCCAGUGGCCAGUCCCAUUCCGCUGCCCAGGAUCACCCCGAUCGCCAGCCAGCUCGUCCAGCGUCGCGCGUUCCACCAGGUUCCUCGCGAGAGUAGGCCACCCAAAAUACUCAUCACAGGUGGCUUGGGCCAGUUGGGCAUCGAAUGCGCCAAACUUCUGCGGACGCAGUAUGGCAGCCACAACGUGAUCCUUUCGGACAUUAUAAAGCCCAGUCAGUCGGUUCUGGAGAAUGGUCCCUACAUUUUUGCCGACAUCCUGGACUUCAAGGGUCUCCAGAAGAUCGUGGUCGACCAUCGCAUCGACUGGCUGAUCCACUUCUCGGCGCUGCUCAGUGCUGUGGGAGAGCAAAAUGUUCCACUGGCUGUGAGGGUCAACAUCGAGGGUGUCCACAACGUCAUCGAGCUGGCGAAGCAGUAUAAGCUCCGCAUCUUCGUACCAAGCACAAUCGGAGCCUUCGGGCCCGACAGUCCGCGCAAUCCCACGCCGAAUGUUACGAUCCAACGGCCGCGCACCAUUUACGGCGUUUCCAAGGUGCACGCCGAGCUGAUUGGCGAAUACUACUACCACAAGUUUGGACUGGACUUCAGAUGCCUGCGCUUCCCCGGAGUGAUUUCCAGUGAUCCGCCGGGCGGCGGCACCACAGAUUACGCUGUGGCCGUGUUCCAUGAAGCACUGCGCAAUGGAAAGUACACCUGCUACCUGCGUCCUGACACAAGACUGCCCAUGAUGUACAUUGAAGAUUGUCUGCGGGCGCUCCUGGAGUUCAUGCGUGCUCCCAACGAGCAGCUGAAGCGCCGCGUCUACAACGUGACCGCCAUGUCCUUCACUCCCGAGGAGCUGUUCGCCCAGCUGGGCAGGCACGUGCCCAAUCUGCACGUGACCUACAAGCCGGAUAGCCGCCAGUUGAUCGCGGACGCCUGGCCGCAGGUAUUCGAUGACUCCGAUGCGCGGCGCGACUGGCACUGGCAGCACAAGUACGACCUGGUCAACCUGGUGGACUUCAUGAUCAAGGACGUGCAGGAUAACUACAUCAAUGUGCAGCCGGAGCAGCAGACUCUGCAGAUCUAAAACGUGGAUCGAGCAACCGC